GCGACUAAACUCGGGUUACCCCGCGAGCUGGCUUUCGAUGCUGGCACCGAUGCCACUCCAAGAGUUCUGCUGUCAAUUGCCAUUCUGCCGCAACUAGCAGAAAUAUUCCUAGAUCCUGGAAACAAUGAUCAGCACUUACCAUGCUUUCACAAAAAAAACAGUUUCAACGUGAAGAGGUUGAUACCAGCCGACACUACUCUUGCUUCCCAUAUAGGAACAUCUAAUGUGGAAACGAUAGAGUUGUACCAGGCUAGGACGAACGGUGACGUACUCGGAGAUCUCUUACGACUUCCGCGUGCUCUCAAAAAGUUCGUUUACCAGGAUAGAGGAAUAGACGAAAUGGUUCUUCAUGCCUGCCCAAGGAACAAACUUGGAAGGGCACUUAACCAUGUAGCGCACUCAUUGGAAGUCCUCGAGAUAGCUUGGACAAUUAAACGGCUUUGUAUCACUCUCAGUCUCAUCCUUGGGACAACUCCUUCCGAUGCGCCUUCCCUAUCCAAUGUCUUACCGCCUUCAAUCGAAACCUUGGAAAUCUAUCCAUCUCAUGUUCGGACUUGGGAGCAAACGGACUAUGUAAACGCCAUAAGGCAACUACUGCUCGAUAAAUCACCCACAUGCGUCCCUCAUCUGCACAGUAUCACAUACUUCAGCGUCAAAUCUCUAUCAAAUUCCUUGCUUGACCUCGCUUCUGAGCGAAAUGUCGCACUAACUGGACCAGGCAGACCAUGA